AUCUCUCCGGGGUCUUCGACCGCGCGGCCCAGAAGGCUUUCAGCAUAGGCAGCCUGGAACAACUUGCACUGCCGGGGUUUUGUUUUCACCGCACUUUUACUGCUCUGAUACCUUUUGUAGAAGCUGCUUGGAGAAGAAAAAGGAGGAAGGAGCGAGAUGUGGUUCUUGUGCGUAUUCUUCCACCGGCUGCUGGACUAUCGCCGGCCGGAGGUUGAGUCCCUGGCGGAGCUCUUUGGAGCUUUCGAGCCGAUGGAAGAUGGAAGUCCAGUGCGGCCUCUUUCGUUGGAGUGGAAUCUUCCUCAGAACCACCACAUCGACUCUCCCUUCCACUUCGUUAACCUACCAUCCGAGGAUGUGGCUAGGAACAUCGCCAGACGAAGUAUGCUUGUCAAGGGGAUUUAUGAAUUAUGGGGAGAGGGCAUUACCGAUGAUGAUUUAGAAAAGGCUAUUAGAGGUUUCCCUGAUGAGAGAAAGUUGCCAUAUUUGAAACCCGAAAGCUCAUUUCGCAUUACAGUAGACAAUUUUGGCAAAGUGAUCAGCUUUCAAGAACAAAAUGAGCGCAUCCGUGGACUCAGUUACAUUCCGUUCAAGGGUCGAGUUGAUUUACGUAAUCCUGAUCAUAAAUUCUGGCUCAUGGAAAUUGAUGACUAUGGAGAAAACAACGGUCUUCCACCUGUUGUAGAAAGAAGAAUUUUUUUUGGCCGGGAAGUUGGAGCUGCAGAUAGAAAACUCCUACCAACCUAUCAGUUAAAAAGUCGAAAAUACAUAGGACCUACUGCCAUGGAUGCUGAGAUUGCCUUCCUAAUGGCAAAUCAAGGUUUGGCACGACCAGGGAAACUCAUCUAUGAUCCCUUUGUUGGAACUGGGAGCAUUCUUGUUGCUGCUGCACAUUUUGGAGCAAUGACUAUGGGUGCAGAUAUUGACAUAAGGGUGGUACGUGAUGGCCGUGGUCCGGACUGUAAUGUUUGGAGCAACUUUGAACAGUAUGGUCUGCCGAAGCCACUUUCUUUGAUGAGAUCAGAUAAUAACCUGCCGCCUUGGCGUUCUGGACUCAAGGAGGUAUUUGAUGCCAUAAUCUGCGAUCCUCCUUACGGUGUUCGUGCUGGAGGACGGAAAUCUGGUGGCCGAAAAUUACUUAAAGGCGCUGUUGACCCAUACACAGUUCCAGAAGAGAAACGAUUUAACCACAUUCCAUCAACUGCAGCUUACAGCUUAGCAGAAUGUGUGAACGACCUUCUUGAACUUGCUGCAAGGAUGCUUGUCAUGGGAGGCAGGCUUGUGUUUUUCUUUCCUGUACUUAGGGAGGAUGUGGUAACUGUUGCCCAGUUCCCCGAACAUCCUUGCUUCACAUUGAUAGCUUCCUGUGAGCAGAUUCUUAGUUUACGCUAUAGUCGCUAUUUGCUCACAAUGGUGAAGACUGGCCAUUACACUGAAGAGAUUUCAGAGUUAGCUAGAAAGAAGCACUUGGACUUCAGAGAGAACCACCUCAAAUGGAUGGAAGAAGGUAAUCUUCAUUCUGCAGUGUUCAGUUCUUCUGAUGCUCAAAAUACAAAAUCCUUGUUUGACAGAGAUAGCAAGCCAAAAUACAGAGGCAAGUAUGUGUAAUAUUAUUUAUCUUACAACUCUUUUUGAUUGUUUGUUUUGAAUGUAAUUUAUAAGAAAACCAAGUGUUUUGAAAGAAUUCUAAUGAGUACAUUCAAACA